AUGCAGACGAGCCUAGCGCUGGCGACUGUACUUCUUGUCCUUGUGGUUUCCGCAGACGGGCGUGCACCCAGGGACACUACCGAAUUUGCACAGGGCAAGGCCUCUUCUUCAGGCCUAGGGCUGCCUCCCACGCCCCCUUCGCCGCCCCCUGUGCCCUGGGUAACGCCACCUCCACCCAACGCCAGCAUCUCCUCUCCACCAGCACUCCCUGGCCAGGAGCUGCGGUCCCCUCCCCCGGCAGUGCCGCACCCGGACCCCCCGGUCAGGCGGAGCCCCCCGCUGCCGCCGAUAACUCCCUGGAACAUGACUCGCUGGGGGGCCCCCUCACCACCACCGGGAACGCCCCCGGAGUACGCGUCACCCAUCGACCCGGAAGCCGCCGCCAGCAACUCGCGCGGAUGA